CACGAAAGCUUAUGCUCCCAAUACUUCUGUUCGUCUCAAAGGUGCCACAGGACUGACUUUUAGUAUUUGUCAUGCCUCAUUUACAGAAAUGAUUACAUGGUUUAGGCACUUGACAUGACCUAAAUUUCACACUGUUAAAACGCAGACUAACAUAUAAUGGUAUUAGAAAUAUGGGACUGCUCCAUAGAUCAACUAUCUGAGCCUAUUUGGUUUUGUAUUGGCAUCAACCAACUUGUGUGGCAAUCCUUAAAUACAUACAGCCUUCUGUAAUGUUAACUGGAAAAAUGGAAAUUUGCAUUGCAAGUAUUUGUGCAUAUUCUUAACCAAUACAUCAGAAAAAUCUGUUAGAGUCCUUUGUAUGGAGUACUUUAAAAAUCACACUUUAUUAUGAAGAUAAAUUAAAGGGAUGUAGUUUGUGUAUCUUAGGAUGUGUCUAAAUAUUUCAUUAACUAGAAUAUUGGUUUGAUUAGUUUAUCAAGCCUGUUUUAAAAAAGUCACUCAAUGUAAAAUAUUAGUAAAAUGAUACAUGUCAAAAGCAUAUGUUAAAAACUCACCAUAAUAGCAGUAAAUAUUAAAAUUUCAUAGUGACUCUUGUCUAAUAAGUGUGGUGUGUGUGUGUUUGUUUUGAAUAGGUCAAUAUUUGGAAACUAGACUUCUUGGCCAAAGUGAACGCUAAAUAUAGAUUGAAAGGGAUAGUCGGUUUCAUAGCUAUGUUUAUGGGUCCUGUGGAAGUUUACAGGGUCUAAAAGUGAGGGGGGAAACUACAAAGCAAGUUUUCUUCUCAUACUUGGUACUGGAUGACUUCUUCCAUCCUGAAUUUUUAGCUGAAUAUUGUUAAAUUGUACAAUGGAGAGUUCUUCUCUGGAAAUUGACUUACUUGAUACCAAUGAAGAAGGAAAACUUUAUGUGGUUGAUUCCUUAAACAAUCUAAACAAACUACAUCUAUGUUCCGAUGGAUCUCAACACCUGUUAACAGCCCAGGAAGAAGAGAACACUGGCGGUUUGAUGACAUGGAGCAGCAUAAGUUGCCAACAUUUGUUCUUCGUCACACUGAUCAUUAUUUUGAUUGUCAGUUUGGCGCUUGUUUCAUUUGUAAUAUUCUUAACAAUUCACACUGGCAACAAGAUGGAUGAAGUGACAAGCAGACUAGCAUUUGAAAGGAAGAACAGAGAAGAUCUUAAGAAUAUAAACAAUAUGAUAUUAAAGCAUCUAAACCAAUCAGGAAUUAUGGAGAAGGAAGAAAAUCUCUUCACAGGUCAAACACCAUCCACUCCUUAUCUUCGUAACUAUUUAUUUCCCCGUUCAAAGCUGGAAGCAACAGUGCAGUAGAUCCCCUGUGCAAUGAAAACUAUUCUCUCAGUCUAUUCAUUUGCUUUCAACUGUACUCCCAUGUAACCAGGUGGGUUAUUUAAUUAUUCAGAUUUAGCAGGUGCCAUAACACUUGAAAAGCAACCUGAAGAGAAUGGAGCUAUAACACUGCACAGAUUUACAUCCACCUAGCUUGAAUAUAUGGAUGAUACAACAUGUUUAGCUCUGGCAUUUGACUCUGAAAUGCUUCACUAUGGCUCCACUCUUGCAAAUAGCUCAAUGUGAGCAAAGCAUCUUGCAGGAUCUGGGCCCAAAUUUCUAAUAGCUUCUAAAUUUAAAACAGAAAAUAGUACCUGAUCCUGGUUUAUAUGUGUAAAGUUCUGCAGGAUUGGGCAAUUAGGCUUGGCUCCUGGAAUUUACAAUGAAUGGGGUGGACUGUCAAUGGGUCUCCAUGCAUAGGCGCCAACUCCAUGGGUGCUCCAGGGCUGGAGCACCCACGGAAAAAAAUUGGUGGGUGCUCAGCACCCACCGGCAGCUCUGCCCCACAGCCCCAGCUCACCUCCGCUUCCACCUCCUCCGCGAGCACACUGCCGCAUCCUGCUUCUCCCCCCUCCUCCCAGUGCUUGCGCUGUGAAAAAGCUGAUUUGCGGGUCAGGGAGGGAGGGAGGAGAGGGAAUGCAGUGCGCUGAGGGGAAGAGGCGGGGCCAGGGC